GUGGAAGUGACAAAUGCUUAGAUGUGGAAACUUGAACAGCUAAAAAGUUUGUCUCCUAGUCUUAUUCAACAGCUGAUAAAUAAAGUAGCAGGUUGGAAUAAAAAAAUCCUAUACAGUUGUAAUAAAGAAAUCAAAAACAUCUUGCUUAAAUAAUGGACCAGUAGGCAGCAGCAACCUCCUCUCACCUUUCCACACUCCUACCUGCCCUUCCUAUAUUCUUUCUUUCUUAUAGAGAGACUUGCUUGAUGUCUCAUUUUACCUCAAUUUCACGAAAACAAUGAUCCCUUUUCUUUGGUUAAUACUUCUAACACACAUUAGAUGGGUAAAUACCGCAGAUCUAGCAAAUGUUUCAACUUCACAAGUCCAAAACAUAUUCAUUUUAGCUGGACAAAGCAAUAUGUCCGGCCGAGGUGGUGUCACUAACCAUGGCCAAAAUGGCAUAGUUAAUGAAACAUGGGAUGGUGUAAUUCCACCAGAAUGUCAAUCCAAUCCAAAUAUCCUCAGACUCAGUGCAGGAUUUACAUGGGUUGAAGCUCAAGAACCACUUCACCAAGACAUAGAUUUGGGUAAAGUUUGUGGGGUUGGGCCAGGAAUGUCAUUUGCCAAUUCAGUUCUUGAGAAAGAUCCAAGCUUUGGAGUGAUUGGUUUGGUGCCUUGUGCUAUUGGGGGUACAAAUAUAAGUGAAUGGGUUCGUGGGGGUGUUUUGUAUAAUCAGAUGAUAAGAAGGACAGAGGCUGCGUUGCAAAGAGGUGGGAAGCUCCAAGCUUUGCUAUGGUACCAAGGUGAGAGUGAUACCCAGACUCUUGAGGAUGCCAAAUUGUACAAAUUUAGAUUAAAGAGAUUAUUCAAGAGUGUGCGCCGUGAUCUACAGUCACCUACUUUGCCUGUGAUUCAGGUAGCACUGGCAUCAUCUCUAGGGCCUUAUAAGGAGCAGGUUAGAAAAGCUCAACUGGGUAUUAAUCUUCCAAAUGUAAGAACCGUUGAUGCCAAAGGGCUCCCAGUGGGCAUGGAUUAUGUGCACAUUACUACACUGGCACAAGUCCAUCUUGGGCAGAUGCUGGCUGAUGCCUUCCUUCAGACUCAGACUACUCAAGUCGUGCUUCUGCCUAUUCAGACAGAGACUACUAUGACUAGUAAUGCCCCCAAACGAUGCUCCAAUUUUGUUUUGGAUGUUCUACUUAGUCCAUUUAGAUGAUGCAGCUUGGAGAUUUACUUGUGGGAUCAAGAUCACGUACCCCGUCUAUAUAUGGUUGUCUCACCUAAGCCAAAAGUUAAGAGCGCUUAAAACCAUAGGUUGGGAUCAUACCAAAUCAACAAAUAGUUUCUUAGAUAUUGUUAACAGGAGUACAAAGUUACCAUACGUACAUGAUACUCAAAACUAAGAGAAGGCCAACAUAUCCCAUAACGUUGGAUAAUAUUGAACAUAAUCUUCCAAGUGGACAUGGAGCAGCGGCACCUGCUUGGUUACACUCUAUUCACUUCGUUUAAUUAUACUUUCCCAAAAGGCACAAACCAAAAAUUAAUUUCAUUUUUUAUAAAGCUCAAGUCUUGAUGUAUGUAUACUUCGCACACUUGCACAUACAGUAUAUAUGUGUUGGUGAAUAUUUAUUCAAUUCAUGGUUUCACUUUCUGAUGAUUCUUUGUUUUUCUCCUUAAAUAAGGCCUGUGGUUGAUGGGUUAUGCUUCUCCGUGGUAUUACGCUGAGGAGUAAAUAGGUCCGAUAUGAUGUACUAAAGCUUCCAACUUUUGCACCAAUGAAGUAUUGGCUAUUA